GUUUUCUUCAAAACGUUCGGUUAAUCAAGUAUCCGUUUACCUGGUCAAGCUGUCUCGUUUUCCGGCGCCAGUCCGUUCGCUCCGCCGCACAAGACGAGCGCCAGCCUCCCUCCGCCGGCCACCUCCUCUCAUCGCCGUCGCCCUUUCCCCGGAGAUUCGUCGGCCCGAAGACGACGCCGGAGACGCGAUGAACCGCAAGAGGGACAAGCCCUACUUCUCUCGCCCCGCCGCCUCCUCCUUCCCCAUCUCCAAGCGCCGCCGCCCCUUCCCCCGCCCCGAUCCAUCCGCCUCCGACGACCCGCCGCCCGCCCCCAAGCCGUCGCCUCCCCCGGCGCUGGUCGUGAUGGGCCUGCCCCCGGGCAGCUCGGUCCUCGACCUCAAGACCCAGUUCGAGAUGUACGGCCCGAUAUCCCGCAUCCGCAUCGACGGCGACGGCGUCGGCUACGUCACCUACCGGUCCAAGGACUCCGCCGACGCCGCCAUCGCCGCUUCCCGCGACCCUUCUUUCGGAGACUUUGUCGAUUCCGAGAAGGUGCAAGUGUUAUGGGCGACCGAUACGCUCGCCAAAUGGAGGGAAGGAGUUGGAGUCGGUGUCGGAGCGAAGGAGGAGAAGAAUGGUUCUACGUCGAAGCUCUUGCGAGCCGAGGUGCCUCUGAGCAGACACGGACGGGGUAAUAAGCUCGCUUCGACUAUAGUGAAUUCUCAAAAGGGCGGUGGCGGUGAAUCGUCACUCGAGACGCCUUUCCAAGGCAGAGGAAUCGUAGCUUACGACGACAUCCUCUAGAUACGCGAGUGAGUUAGUCCUGGGUUGAGCAGGGGGUGCAGGUAUCGAGAAUUAGGAGAUGUUAGACAAGCUGUUGGUUCUUUUUCUGUGAUGCUUCAUAGUUUCUUAGAAAUGCAUAAUUCCCUCUUCUUUGCUUUACUUGUAUUAGCAUCACUAGCAGGGCUAUUUAUCUAGCUUCUGUCUGUAUGGUUGAAUUGAAUUGCUUUUUUUCUGAUGUAAAUUAGUUGUGUUUGGUGCCAUAUUGAAUAGAAUGGAAUGUUUAAUUCUGUCGAAGUUGCAUCA